CCUCACCUACCAGUGCCCAUCACAUUCUUUCUCUCUCUCUCCCUGUUUCUCUUCCUUCAUAACCCCCUCUUCCUCAUUUAAGCCUUCUUCACUCUCCUCUCUCUCCUUUCAAAAACCCUCUAUCUCACUCACUCACAUAGUGUUAUUAUUCUUCUUCUUCUUCUCUUAGCUAGUUACUGUUAACAACAAAGAAACAAAGGAUUCUUAGUUUCAGGCUUUGAAUUUUUAGGUUACUUAGACACCCUGCUCAAGAAUUUUAGCCCAAUUGAACAAGGAAAAUCUCACUCACCGAGAAAAUGGUUGGACCAAACUUCAUGGACGAGUUAGACUGCGGAAGCUUCUUUGACCACAUCGACGACCUCCUCGAUUUCCCCGUCGAGGACGUCGACGGCACCGCCACCACCUUACCAUCCGCCGCCGCCGCAGCCGCGAACUGCACCUCCCUAGCCAGCAUCUGGCCCCCAGAAACCGACUCGUUUCCCGGCUCCGACUCGGUGUUUUCCGGCAACAGCGGCUCGGACCUCUCGGCGGAGCUCUCUGUUCCGUAUGAAGACAUUGUCCAAUUGGAAUGGCUGUCAAACUUUGUGGAGGACUCAUAUGGGGGUAGCCUCACCAUGAAGAAGGUGGAGCAUCAGCAACCAUCAUCCACCAUCACAACCAAAGAGGAUUCAGUGCACAACCAGUUCCAGACAUCAAGCCCAGUUUCUGUCUUAGAAAGCAGCAGCUCCUGCUCCGGCGGGAAGCCGGCAGAGAUUUACAUCCCUGUCCCUUGUGGGCGCGCACGCAGCAAGCGUCCGCGCCCUGCGAGCUUCAAUCCUCGCUCUGCCAUGCAGCUCAUUUCCCCUGCUUCCUCUUUUAUUGGGGAGAACAACACCAUGAAGCCUAAUUAUCAUCAUCAUGUCAGGACCUCUUCAGAUUCUGAGAAUUUUGCUGAGUCUCAGCCUGUGAUUACCAAGAUGAUGAUGCCAAAACAGGCUUCUGGGGAGCCUAAGAAGAAGAAGAAGAUCAAGGUUCCACUUCCACUUGCUCCAUCUGAUGGAAACAAUAUUCAGAAUGGUUCACAACCGGUCAGGAAAUGCAUGCAUUGUGAGAUCACCAAGACUCCUCAGUGGAGGGCAGGGCCAAUGGGGCCGAAAACACUCUGCAAUGCUUGCGGCGUUCGCUACAAGUCUGGCCGCCUCUUCCCUGAGUACCGGCCUGCCGCCAGCCCGACAUUCUGCCCGGCCGUGCACUCGAAUUCCCAUAAGAAGGUCCUGGAAAUGAGAUGCAAGGGUGAGGAUUCUGGCCUUGCAGAUCAGCCUGAACUUAUUCCAAACACUAACAGCAGCCUCACCCUGGAGGAAUACAUGUGAGGGGGGAAUCAUCCUAGUUGGGAAUUUCUCAAUUUCAAUGCCAGUGCCUCCUCUAAUGUCAUGUCUUAAGUUGUUUUGUUAAGGAUAUUUCAUUUCUUUUGUUCAUUGGUUUUUGUACAGGGUUGGUCUGGGGGAAAUAGGAGCAAAUAGAUGAUGAUGAUGAUGAUGAUCAUAAUUUAGAUGUUAGAGGAAGAUUGUAAUCAGAAGUGGAGAAAAAAGGGGUAGUGAUAUGGAAGUCAAAAGAGGUUUAGAGUCUUUAGGUCUAGUAAGUGUAGGUCCCUUAAGGUCAUUAGGAGUUGGUGUCCCUGUUGUCUUCCUUUCUUUUCUUUUCUUUUUCUUGCCAUUCUUUUCAUUUUUUCUUUUUUGCCUUUUUAUAUAUAUCCCUCUUUGUGGGAAUUCUUUUUGCAGUUUAUUUGUAGCAAAAAUUCUGAGUUAAGAAACUUAAAAUUUGUGUUGCCCUGUUUGCUUUCUACUAA